UUAUUUGUGGUAGGUUCCAGGAGGAGCUCCAGUCCCAUCACGCCAGCCCUGAAACGGUUAUCCUCAAGGAGCAGGUCUUCAUCCGAAAGUCUGGAAAAUCUGACCCUAACCUCACAAACGACUUCCAGACUCUCCAGCUCGAGGCUGAUGAAAAGCAGCGUGUCAGAACCCGUCCUUCUGUACAACAAGAAGGACAGUGGAGGCCCUCUGAAGACCAACGUGAGAGCUGAAACGAACACCAGCAGCUCCACGUAUAAUCUAACGUCCUCUGUCAGCAGCAGCAUUUAUCCUGCAGACUCUGCUGAAAUCAACGUCCAAGGAAGCAUCCAGUUUGCUGUGAACUACAUCCAGAAGCUUGGAGAGCUUCAUAUCUUUGUGAUGCACUGCAGAGAUCUGGCCACAGCUGACAGAAAGAAACAUCGUUCUGACCCGUAUGUGAAAUGUUAUCUUCUUCCAGACACAACUAAGCUGGGAAAGAGAAAAACCAGUGUAAAAAAGAAGACAUUAAACCCCACCUACAGUGAAAUCCUCACGUUUAAAGUAAUGAUGCAGGUGUUGAAAACUCAGAGUCUGAACGUUUCAGUGUGGCACGACAGCAGCUUCGGACGCAACCGAUUCCUGGGUGACGUGAACCUUAAUUUGUUGGAGUGGGACUUCAGCAACACGCAGAUAAAUGAAUAUGUAUUAAAAACCAGGGUGUCAGCACAAGCCUCAGCACCAGCUGCCUCGUGUCUUAUCGACAGCACAGCACAGAUGAGAGUCGCUCUGAGAUUCCUGCCGCAGACAUCCCUCGGUAGGAGAACAUCUACGAUGGAAAGCGCUGAGGUGCAGAUUUGGGUGAAAGACUGCAAGAAUCUUCCGCUGGUUAGAGGCCUCGUUAUCGACCCAUUUGUGAAAUGUACUCUACGUCCUGAUACAAGCCGGAGAAGCAGACAGAGAACUCGCGUAGUGACAAGGACAGCCAAUCCCAUGUUUAACCACACCAUGGUGUAUGAUGGCCUCCGACCAGAGGAUCUCAGGGAGGUCUGCAUUGAGAUCACAGUGUGGGAUCAUGGCCGACUCGACAAUCACUACAUCGGUGGUCUGAGGCUUGGCCUGGGAACAGGGGAGAGUUACGGUGUGGAAGUGUCUUGGAUGGAUUCAACGACAGAUGAAGCUGAUUUAUGGCAGAGGAUGUUACGCUCUGAUGGUGAAUGGGUGGAGGAUGUUUUACCUCUGAGAAUGCUGAUGAUGCCAAAGAGCAUUUCAAAGUGACACUGUAUCAAAUGUAUUGAUUAAUGUGUAGAAAUUACACAGCACAGUAUAUACUUUUAGAUGAUCCACAUCCACAACUAGGUUUUGUUGUCCAAGUCACAUGUUAACUCAUUCACUGCCAUUGACGUCUAUAGCCGUCAAUUGCAGUGAAUGAGUCAAUGGGUUUAACUCAUUCACUGCCAAUGGCUGGCAGUGAAUGAGUUAAAUUCCUUAUUUAAUAAGAA